AUAACUGUACAGUGUAGAUGCAGCCUUACAGACUACUUUUGGUUCAUCCAUAGUAGCAUGUUCAAGCUAUUGUAUACCAUACUCUGCAAAACCAACAUUCAAGGUAAUUGUUUAAUGUUGCAAAAAUAAUUUAAUGUACAGCUGACUCUGUCUGCAGGAUGUAUGAGGGACAAACUAACUUCAUCACUUUGUUGGGAUCCGAUUAUUAUGUAUGAAAUUAGCAAAUUUGCAUGUUUUUGGCAAGCCUAAACAACAACCAUGUAAUUGAGGAUUGUGUUACCUUCAAACAUUCCUAGCAGCUCUGAACUAUGUUUGGCUUGUCUUAAGAUUUGUGCUUAGGGGUUUUACUAGCUUUUCAUUAAGGAAAUGUUUGAAGAUGCCUUUUUUUCUUUUAGUAACUAUUACUGUACACUGAAGACCAAUAUAAAUACAAAGUCUAUCUUCUCUCUCUAGAAAUAAGUAUCCAAUAGCUAAAACGCCAACAUGAAUAAAUCCAAACAUAAUAUGCAAUUUAAAAUUUAUGUUGUAAAGUUAGAUCUUUUUAAAGGUAAACUGCAAAAUGUUUUAAAAAAUAGAAUUGUGCUGUUUUUGUCUUUGAAGUACUGUGUGAAGAAGGCCUGACAUAUUUUCAGAAAAACCAGUUUUACUUUUGUGCUCAUCUUUUGUUUUUUUAACCUUGGGAUAUGGAGUGCAACAAGUCAGGUCUUCCUGGGUUUUGCUGAAGGACCUUUGGCAUCUCUGAUUGUGUGUAUUGUGAGCUUUUGUGGUACAUGAAGGGUUUGAUGUACUGAACCUCAGAUAUCCUUUCUCCAAAACAUUCAAGUAGGGCUUGCCUACACAGCGAUACUCAAGAAAGUUAAGGUGAAUUGACUUGUAAAUUCUGUACAUUGACUUCACACCGUUAGCUGAUAUGCCUUAACUUUCCUGAAGAUAUGUCUACACUAGAAUCAUUACAGCUGUAGCCUGAUGAUUACUACUGUCAUGAAGAUUCUUCCCAUUGUGGUAAAUCUGCCUGUCUAGAGAUGGCAGAAAUGUCAUUCUCAGGAGUAUGCAAGAAACCCUAGAGAACUGUGAUGUCUAAGUCUGCAUGGAGUGACAACUCUAAGUGAUGCCAUAAUACUGAAUUUUGGACAGCCUUCAUCGUUACCGUGGCAACAAACUGAUGUCACUGAUUCAAGGACAUGACUUCAGUGCAUGAUCAUGCAGAGGCAGAACCUGGGUUGUGAAGGAGAAAGCUGACGGACAGACACCUGAAAAGCAAGCAAGGGAAAGCAAAGUGCUUCUGUUUGAAAAUCCCACUAUUUAAAAGGCAACUCUGAAUCUGGUCACGUCUUAGAGAUGGGAAUGUUCUGCCUGGAUGGAUGGAUGUUCUUAGAAUCGCUAUGCUGACAUUUCACAGCUCGUCACAUCAGGAGCAUCUUUGCUAUGAAUUGAGCCCGGAAGACCAAUGACCCAUCCUACCAGAGGAUGUAUUCCAGAGACUUAUAAGGCAGCAGACUUUUCCACCCCUGCAACAAGCCUGCUCCAGGAAUUUUGCCACUGGUUGUCUAGGCGGCAGAGAGUCAGUGAAACGCUGUGUGGGGCAAGGAAAGCGGAUGAGGGAGCCCUGUGUGUGAACAAAGAUGGAUUGGCUGUGACAGUGUGCCUUAGAUGGGGAGAGCAUUAUGAUGAAAACUUCCUGCCGAGCUGGCCUCCACAGGGAAGCACUGAAUUCCACAUCUUCUACAUUCCAUCAAGUCAAAUGGGCUUCUGGCAUGCACUUAAAGCCAUACCUCAAGUUACAGAAGAAAGAGCCAUCUCCUGACACAAGUCAAGAUUCCCCGAGAAGCUUGCAUAGGAAUCCGCAAAGGUCAGCGCAGGCGGGAAAGUCUCCAGAAAACUGCACCAAACUGAGCGUUUUACCGACGUCCCCGGUUGGGACUCCAUCUCGACAGCCUUUGGGAAUUAUUUACCCUAAUACUAUGUGCAAUAUGAGUGGGAAAGCUCUCGCGGAAGGCCCCAGCGUCGAGAAGAAGCAACAUGCCCCUUCUGCCACAAUCCACCAGGGGGACGAGGGGGAAGGGCCGUUGGAUAUCUGGGCUGUCGUGAAACCCGGGAACACCAAGGAAAAGAUUGCCUUCUUCGCAGCCCAGCAGUGCAACAACCGGAUGGGCUCAAUAAAACUUAAAAGCACCUGGGAUAUAGAUGGAAGAGUUGCCAAGCGCAGGAAGAAAUCUAUGGAUCUUAUAAAAGCAAAGAUUCAGUUGGAAAGGAUGAGAGAGGCCAACAGGAGGUUCGCCCACCCUGAGCCUUUUGCGUGCGGCAUUGAGCACUGUUCUGUCCAUUAUGUUCAUGACAGUGUUGAAGGGGUAUUCCCAGGGCGCUCCUUAUCUGUAAUCGAGAUGGUCGCGUUCCUGGAACACAGAGCCAGCGGUUUGCUGGCCGACUGCACCAAAAGCUGCACAAACGCUUCCACAACAAGACUGAGCGGGCAAGGAAAAGGCGCCCCUCCCGCCUCGGAGCCCCUCUCUGCUGCCGGGGCCUGCGAGGCGCACGUGGAAAAGGGGAGCUGUGAGAGCGGGGAGCAGCAGACCGAGCCUGUGCGGGUGCUGGACAUGGUCGCAAAGCUCGAGUCGGAGUGCCUGCGGCGCCAGAGCGAGCGCGACGCAGGGAGCCUGUCCCGGAACAACAGCUUCCGGCGGAACAUCGGGCGGAUGUUACUGGCCAAUGGCACGCAGGCCGAGAGCGACGCGGGGAAGGCCUCUUCCAAAGUCCUUGGCCGGGAGGUAAGUUUGGAAGAUCCUGCUACCGUGGAUGAGGACGGAGAGAGAACAAAAGGGGGCCCUUCGGCUGCAGCUGAAUUAUGGGGAGGUGCUGGCUCUGCUCGGCAGUCCUUGGCGGCAGCAGCUGUGGAUAGCCACAGGGUCAACGUCGGUGUCAAGCUUGGUCAAGAAACCUCGGUGCGACCCAGCAGCAGAGGUGAUUCUGAAAUGAUCGGGGCACCUCUGGGGUGUGUCUCUUCUGCACGGCCAGUUGGUGGGCCGUCUGCCGCCGCGCAGAGCCAGGGUGCGAGCGUUGGUUGCUUGGCUAGCGAGACAGGGCCUAGUCCUCAUCUGAGUUCACAUCCGGCGAGGAGAGAGUCUUUAUGCAUCAGUAUAUCGGUCACCAAGACAGAGAAAGGGUGUAGGAAAGAGCAGCUUUCCAAUUUAAGUGUGGGGGAAGAUUCGCUUCCAGGGAGGCUGUUCUUUCCGCGGCCUGGUCACCACGCCAAGCGGGAGCACAUAGGGGUAGGGGUCAGUACUAAAGAAAAGCCAAGAGUAGUGGGCCAAAGGGAGGAUGCCGCCGAGGUUGUCAAUGCGUGUGAAAGAAACAGUGUUUCCGUAGAGCCGUUUGCCCUGCCGGUGUCGCCCACGGAAAGCGCUUUGCAGGUACUUGACGCUGCCUGCUUGAAGAGGCAGGUGUCUCAUGACUUUCUGGAGACCCGAUUUAAAAUUCAGCAGCUUUUGGAGCCUCAGCAGUACAUGGCCUUCCUGCCCCACCACAUCAUGGUGAAGAUCUUCAGAUUGCUCCCCACGCGGAGCCUGGUCGCUCUUAAAUGUACUUGUUGUUACUUCAAAUUUAUCAUUGAGUACUACAACAUCCGGCCAGCUGAUUCCCGCUGGGUCCGGGAUCCGCGCUACAAAGAAGACCCUUGCAAGCAGUGCAAGAAGAAGUACGUGAAAGGGGACGUAUCACUGUGCCGGUGGCACCCCAAGCCCUACUGUCAAGCUUUACCAUACGGCCCAGGGUAUUGGAUGUGCUGUCACAAGUCUCAGAAAGGCAUCCCUGGAUGCAAACUAGGUCUUCAUGACAAUCAUUGGGUCCCUGCUUGCCACAGCUUUAACCGCACUCUUCACAAGAAAACCAGAGGCGGCGUGGACGCGGAAGAGGAAUAUUAGCGCACAUACACUUUGCUGUGAGAUGAUACUCUUGGGGGGGGAGGAGAUUUUCAUGCUCUGUGCUGUUUACAGUGUACAUAAUUGUGUUUUCACAGGGCUAUGAAACUGCACAUACUUAAACACAAGAGCCUUUACCUUUUAGAUUACAGGUAGCUUUUAGCCCAUCGUUGUAAAUAACACUAUUAAAAACGAAUUGUACAUAUAGAGUCUACAGCUGGCUGAACAACUUAAUCACUACAAUGCAGCUAUGAUAGUGUUGCGGCUUCAGUCAUGUGUGUUUUUAAGUGUCUUGUUUCAAAAUCUGUAUAUCCUGUAUAAUAUAUGAAUGUUUCUGAGAAGAAACUCUAAAUAGGUAAAGGUUAACUGUUUAAAGGAACUUCAAAUGAUUUAACUGGACAACCUUAAAAUUAGACUAGAGCAGAUUGUUAUAGUAGUGUAGCAGUGAACAAAAGAGAAAUAUUAUUGUAUAGGCAGAGUAUAAAAAGGUUCUUGUCUACCUUACCCAUGUUGUCUGGUUUUUUUUUUUUUUUUUUUUUACUUU